GCGCAGGGCACCGGUACCCAGCCUGGAAACUGUUCCUCCCUUGCAUCGCAAAUUGCAGGCGGCUUUUCUAAACAUUCCCACAGAACCCCCAAAGAAAACCCCUCAUGGCGGUGAGCAGCGCAGAUCAGCUAAACGCGAUAAAGCAGAUGCUUUUCUACUCUCAAAGUUGGUGCAUGUGCGGUUUUGGCCUCUGAUUGAUAUACUUUCAUUGUUCUGCAAUCAACUUUCCAAUAUUCCGGAUCUGAUGUGGGUGCUGGUGCCAGAAGAAAAGGAUGAUUGAUGGGAAACAGACACCAGCCUAUAGACACUCACCCUCUUCCUUUGGAUACUGAUUUAUCAGUGUGUCCAGGCAUCCCCUGCAAGCCCUGAACACGGAGGAUCACUCAGGGUUAUCGACAGUGUAGCAGAAGACCUGCAACUUCACAAAUUAUUAUCUGCUGUUGGACGUCUUUUACAAGAAGCCCUGACAGAUAAGUCAUAAGACGAAGGACAAGUGCUGCAUGGCUGUGAAAGGCUGUCAUCAGGGCCUGGGUGGCUUCUACCAAAGUCUUUAACAUAGUGAAAAAUCAUCCUAUCCUAAUGCUUCGCGUUUGAGUUGGAACCUAUUUUAUAAAUAUAUACAUGUAUAUGUACAUAUAAUCUCUAGACUGCACAUACGCCAGCACUGAGCAUCCUUACGAAGCUGACAUCAAAGGAUUUAGAAAUGUAUUUGUCAAGAUUCCUGUCACUUCACGCCCUCUGGGUUACUGUAUCCUCCGUGAUGCAGCACUACCCUUCUGUGUGGGGACACUAUGACGUGUGUAAGACUCAGAUUUACACGGAAGAAGGAAAAGUAUGGGAUUACAUGGCCUGCCAGCCAGAAGCCAGAGACAUGAUCAAAUAUGUAAAAGUGACUCUGGAUCCCCCAGACAUAACAUGUGGAGAUCCUCCUGAGACUUUCUGUGCAAUGGGGAAUCCCUAUAUGUGCAAUAAUGAAUGUGAUGCGAGUACCCAAGAACUGGCUCAUCCUCCAGAGCUGAUGUUCGACCUGGAAGGAAGACAUCCCUCCACAUUUUGGCAGUCCACAACUUGGAAGGACUAUCCGAAGCCUCUUCAUGUGAAUAUUACACUCUCCUGGAACAAAACUAUUGAGCUUACAGAUAACAUAGUUAUCACCUUCGAAUCUGGCCGUCCCGACCAAAUGAUCCUGGAGAAAUCCCUCGACUACGGACGAACGUGGCAGCCCUACCAGUACUAUGCCACAGACUGCCUAGAUGCUUUUCACAUGGAUCCAAAAUCAGUGAGGGAUUUAUCACAGCACACAGUCCUAGAAAUCAUUUGCACAGAGGAAUACUCUACUGGGUACAUGACAAAUAGUAAAAUAAUCCACUUUGAAAUCAAAGAUAGAUUUGCUUUUUUUGCUGGACCUCGGCUUCAUAACAUGGCUUCUCUUUAUGGCCAGCUUGACACCACCAAGAAGUUAAGAGAUUUCUUUACCAUCACAGAUCUGAGGAUAAGACUGCUCAGGCCAGCAACUGGUGAAAUAUAUGUAGAUGAGCAACAUCUGGCACGCUACUUUUAUGCAAUUUCAGACAUAAGGGUAUAUGGAAGGUGUAAGUGCAACCUUCAUGCUACUGGCUGUAAAGAAGAAAACAAAAGACUACUUUGUGAAUGUGAGCAUAACACAACGGGCCCAGACUGUGGAAAAUGCAAGAAGAAUUAUCAGGGCCGACCGUGGAGCCCUGGUUCUUAUCUGCCUAUACCUAAAGGCACUGCUAAUAUCUGUAUACCCAGUAUUUCCAGUAUUGGUAAUCCUCCAAAGUUUGAUAGGAUAUGGCCGAAUAUUUCUUCCCUUGAGGUUUCUAAACCAAACCAAGUUGCUCCCAAAUUAGCUAUGUCAACUGUUUCUUCUGUUCAAGUUGCAAACCACAAGAGAGACUGUGAAUGCUUCGGGCACUCCAACCGGUGCAGUUACAUCGAGCUGCUCAAUACGGUCAUUUGCGUGAGCUGUAAGCACAACACUAGAGGUCAGCACUGCGAGUUAUGCAGGCUGGGCUACUUCAGAAAUGCUUCUGCAGAGCUGGACGAUGAAAAUGUGUGCAUAGACUGUUAUUGUAACCCUUUUGGUUCAGUCCAUGAUCGCUGUAAUGACAGAGGAUUUUGUGAGUGUAAGGAGGGAACAUCAGGGCCUAAAUGUGAUAAAUGUCUGCCGGGAUAUAUCUGGCACAGCUUGGGCUGUCAACCGAACGUGUGUGACAACGAGCUGCUGCACUGCCAGAACGGGGGAACGUGCAUCAACAACGUGCGCUGCCAGUGCCCGCCGGCCUACACGGGCAUCCUGUGCGAGAAGCUGCGCUGCGAGCGCGACCCGGGCGGCUGCAGCCACAGCUCGGGCCAGGGGCCGGCGGCCCUGGGGCCCGGCCUGCUGCUGCUGCCUGGCCUGCUCAUGGCCUGGGAGCUCUGCGGCUGCUGAGGCCAUGCGGCCUGGGGCCUGGACUGUUCAUGGCCUGGGAGCUCUGCAGUUGCUGAAGCCAUGGGGCCCGCCCUGCUCACGGCCUGGGAGC